AAGAAAAGGGUUUUCCCCCUCUUUAUCACCCUCCUGUAAACCCUUGAAAUUGCCUUGUCACCUUCUGAUUCCCCGAUCAAAUGCAUAAACAUACUCAUAAUCACUGUAAAGGGAGGUAUUUGUUCAUCCUAGUGAUUAUGGCUUAUGUGGAUGAGGAUGGAUCGUCGGGCUCUGGAGAUGAUGUCACCAUGUUGGAUGGACACAACAAGCGUCAAUCUGUGACGCCAGGAGGUUCUGGUCGUGGGAAGAGGAGUCGUAAGGCAACCGGUGAUGCCAUUGUGGAUGCUAUGCUGGAAAUUGCUGCUGCUUCCAAAAUGAGGACGGCUGCUAUUAUGAAGAACGAGGAUCAAUUUUCCAUCAGCAAAUGCAUCAAAGUAUUGGAUGAGAUGCAAGAUACUUUGGCUAGUAUGGAAGACUUCGACUUAGAAUUGGACAAUAUGGAAUUAGUUGCGGCUGCUGCCGGCUAUUACUAUUAUAACAGUAUAACUCGGCAACCUCGACAUAGUUCGUCACCUUAUGGAAGUAGUUUUAUGUCUGAAGUGCUGGAUGGCCCUGAUGAUGGAUGCCGGGAAAUGUUUCGGAUGGAUAAACAUGUAUUCCACAAUCUAUGUGGCAUUCUCAGACAGAGAGGCAUGCUUCGUGAUACUGCAGGUGUUAUGAUAGAGGAGCAGCUGGCUAUUUUCUUGAACAUUAUUGGUCAUAACGAGCGUAACAGAGUUAUCCAGGAAAGGUUCCAGCAUUCAGGUGAAACCAUAAGCCGGCAUUUCAAUAAUGUGUUGAAGGCAAUCAAGUCACUUUCACGCGAGUUUCUACAGCCACCACCUAUCGCCACUCCUCCAGAAAUUCUGUCCAGUAAUAGAUUCUAUCCAUAUUUCAAGGAUUGUAUCGGUGUCAUAGAUGCUAUGCAUGUUCCUGCACAUCUUCCAGCCAAGGACCAAUCUCGAUUUCGUAAUAAGAAAGGUGUUUUAUCACAAAAUGUUUUGGCUGCUUGUACAUUUGACUUGCAGUUUAUAUUUAUUUAUCCGGGUUGGGAAGGCUCUGCUGCAGAUUCCCGUGUAUUAAGAGCAGUCCUUGAUGAUCCAGAUCAGAAUUUCCCUAUCAUACCUGAAGGAAAAUACUACAUAGUUGACACAGGAUACUCAAAUCUGGAAGGAUUUAUUGCUCCGUACCCAGGAGUCCGCUAUCACCUUCAUGAAUUUAGAGGUGCCAAUCAGCUGCCCAGAAAUCCUCAGGAACUAUUUAAUCACCGACAUUCUUCCCUUAGAAACACCAUUCAGGUGUCUUUCGAUGUGCUGAAAACACGAUUUCCUAUUCUUAAAGUUGCCCCUCAAUAUGGAUUUCAUGUCCAAAGGGACAUAGUUAUUGCUGCAUGCGUGUUACAUAAUUACAUCAGGCGCGAAGGGAAAGAUGAUUGGUUGUUUGCUAAUGUUGAUGGAGCGGCUGUGGCAGAAUUGCCAGAUAUUGAUGACGAGUCUGAUAUACAGCUGGCUUCCUCCAUUCAGGAUCACAUGGCUUUCUCAUUACGAGAAUCGAUUAUGGGGGCAAUGUGGAAUGACUUCAUAAACAAAUGGGAUCAAUGGUGAUUGGUGUUGGCUCACUCUCCCAGUCUGUGAAGAUGCUGUAUAGACUUAGGCAACUAAUUUUGACGCUUGAUAGGUGUAGUUUUGCUGAGUAAUGUAACUUUCAUGUGCUGAACUUGUAUAAAGUUUGAAUGGAUAAUCUGUUGCUUAGCUUCUGUACCAUUUGCAUGCAGAAAAUGCAUUAUUAUUUGUAGUGAAAACAGUUUUAAAAUCACAAA